AUUUCCGACCGCGUCACUACCAGACGGAUCAUCAAGUACACACUUUUAGUAGAAACAGUUUUAGAAUUUCUGGGGGUUGUGCUUGUUUUUUUGGACACCAAAAUGGCUCUAAAAAGAAUUAACAAGGAACUUCAAGACUUGGGUAGAGAUCCUCCAGCACAAUGUUCGGCUGGACCAGUAGGGGACGAUUUGUUUCACUGGCAAGCUACUAUCAUGGGUCCGCCGGAAAGCCCGUUUGAAGGAGGAGUGUUUUACCUAACCAUACAUUUUCCUACAGAUUAUCCUUUUAAACCACCAAAGGUGGCCUUUACGACUCGCAUAUAUCACCCAAACAUAAACAGCAAUGGUAGCAUAUGCCUUGACAUAUUACGGUCACAAUGGUCACCUGCACUAACUAUAUCAAAAGUGUUGCUGUCCAUUUGCUCACUGAUGUGUGAUCCAAACCCCGAUGAUCCACUAGUGCCAGAGAUAGCCAGAAUCUACAAGACAGAUAAGCAGCGUUACAACGAGCUUGCUAAAGAGUGGACAAGGAAGUAUGCAAUGUGAUCUCAAGGCUUUACCACGACUAUGCUAGCUUAUCUUUAAAUUUGUCUAAAGUAAACUC